CGGACAGUGGGGGUAGGUGACCGAUGUUGAAGUGGCCGGUCUCGAGCUCUCAGAGCGGCGGCUCCUCGGAGCAGUGACUCUAUAAAGGAGCAUACUUGAAGGGAUACUUGCUGAAGAUGGGACCACGACGAAAAAUUAUCAAAACAUGUCCAAAUUUGAAUAAAAUAGGUGAAGUUGCAAAAGAAGAUGAGCCAAGGGAUUAUAUGAAUCAUUUCUCGCAUGAAGUGCUAUGUCAUAUAUUCAGGUAUCUUCCGCUACAAGAUAUCAUGUGUAUGGAAUGCUUGUCUCGGAAGUUGAAGGAGGCUGUUACGGUAUACAUGCGAGUAGUGAAGGUUGUUGAUCUUUGUGCUGGGUGUUGGUGGGAGUACAUGCCAUCAGGAUUCGUCGAUGCCAGUUUUUUAACAUUGUUAAAGAAAAUGCCUGAUUUAGAACAGCUGUAUGGGUUGCAUCCUCGACAUUUAGAACGGCGGCGAGUAAGGGGACAUGAUGCAUUCAGCAUUCCUGGUGUACUUGAAGCUCUACAGGCCUGUCCUAAUCUGUUAGGUGUAGAAACUUCUCAUUUAGAAUUAGUUGAAGCCAUCUGGAAUUACAUGCCACAGGUCCACAUUUUGGGAAAAUUUCGAAAUCGUAAUGGUGCUUUCCCAGUCCCUACAGAAAAUAAAUUAACAAUUCCAGUAGGAGUGAAGAUACAAACUCUUCAUCUAGUUGGAGUAAAUGUUCCAGAAAUUCCUUGUAUCCCAAUGUUGAGAAACCUGUAUUUGCAGUGGGUCCGACUAAUCAAACCUCAGCCUUUCAAAGACUUUCUCUGUGUCAGUUUACGUACAUUUGUUAUGAGGAAUUGUGCAGGUCCCACAAAUUCCUUAAAGUAUGUUCCAUUAGUGACUGGGUUAGCUUCAGCCAGAAACUUAGAACAUUUAGAACUGGUUCGAGUACCUUUUCUUGGAGGAUUAAUUCAACAUGUAGUUGAGGACAGCUCGAGAUCAGGUGGCUUCAGAAAUCUGCAUACUGUUGUAUUUGGAGCAUGCAAAAAUGCACUUGAAGUGGACCUUGGCUACCUCAUUAUUACUGCUGCACGUAGGUUACACGAAGUUCGUAUUCAACCUUCACUAACCAAAGAUGGUGUUUUCUCAGCACUAAAAAUGGCAGAGCUAGAAUUUCCCCAGUUUGAAACUCUACAUCUUGGAUAUGUUGAUGAAUUUUUGUUGCAAUGUCAAAUGAACAAUGCUGAAUUAGUGAAACACGGUUUAGCAGAUGUGGUGGAAAAUCCGGGUAUCAUUACAGAUAUUGGGAUGAAAGCAGUAAAUGAAGUAUUUCCUUGCAUCAAAUAUUUACAUAUUUAUAACUGUCCACAUCUCCACAAUGCACACAACUGGAUAACAGACCACUCAAGGUGGAGUCGCCUAGUGGAUCUUACACUUGUUCGUUGUCAUGCCAUUAAAUUGGAAUCAUUUAGUCAAUUUGUUGAAAUGUUGCCAAGUUUGGAGUUUAUUUCAUUGGAUCAAAUGUUCCGGGAACCUCCAAAGGGCUGUGCUCGUGUAGGGUUGAGUGCCGGCACAGGAAUUGGUGUUUCUUCUGCUCUUGUUAGUAAUCAGAACUCCAACAAUGAUAAUGAUAACCACCAAAAUAAUCACGCUAACAUCAAUAACAACAAUAAUGAGGAAAAUGAUGUCCAACAAGAGAGAGCAGCAGCUGAUCUCCCGAACCCAGUGAAUGAACAAGGACUUCAGGAAGUAGUCGAGGAAAGCAGGCCAGGUGGUGCUGACUGUAAUUAUGACCAAAAUAGUGAACAAUCCGUGACUUCCAUGGAUGUUGAUGAAGAGCAAGCAGGACCAAGUGGACUGCAGCCAACUGUCAAAGUAAAUCCAGUAGUUGUACAUGAUUCAGAUAGUGAAGAUGACGAUGAAUAUAACAUGGAUACUUCUGGGAAUUGGAAUGGACAUGAUGGUGAUAAUUUUUCAGAUGAGGGGACAAAAAGUACACGUGUACUUUGUGAAGGAACUGGCAUUUGUGGUAAAGGCAAGGCCCCAUUACGGAAAAAAAGCCCAGUUAAUCAGUCCGGUUUGCCAAGACCAUCCGUGGUGGAUGAAAGCAGUUGUGAGAAAAGCUGUCAAGUGACCAGUGAGCAAAUAAAAGCUGAUAUGAAAGCAGCCAGUGAUAUCCCAGAGCGGAAUAGAGACAAAGAUGUUACUUCUACAACUGGAAUUUGUUCAAGUCCAUCAGGAGCGGCCAACUCAAACAUUGUUACAUCUUCUCAGAGUAUGGAAUCUAAGGGGACAGACACCAUGAAUGGAGGCUGUGGACAUUAUAAUGCAACAUAUUCAUCACAGUUUGAUAGUGGAAUUCAUACCCAUUCAUGUUCAACACAUAGUAUUGGGGAUUCAGCUAAUAGCAAGGAGCAAAACUCAAGUAAUGGCUCAGUUCCUACUUCCUGCAUGUGCAACACAACUCAGGUAAAUGAAAGGAGGAUGUGUGGAUGCUCAGAGCCUGAAAAACCUUCUACAAGCAAGGCUUUUCCUGAGAACUGUGACAUAAAAGGACACUGUAAAACAGAUUCAAUGGUAUCAGAACCUUCACAGAGGGGAUCUUCCAUUUGCACCCAAGAGCAACAGAAUGUUGAUAAUGGGAGGACUAAUGGUGAGUGUGGUGUUAGCAGAGACGCAGAGAACGUGAAUCAUCAUCCUACGUACUCCAAAGGGGGCCAGCAUGAAGGCUAUCCACGAAGACCUGUGACAAGAUCAAGUAGCAAAUUUGGCCAGAUUCCAUUGAUCACAGAGCCAGAUGUUUCUAAACCUAAACCCAGGCAAACUGUCAAACGGAAACGUACUGCAGAUAAAUCCACAAGCACCAGUGAUCCUGUCAUUGAGGAUGAUCAUGUCCAGGUUCUUAAUCUCAAAUCCAAAAAUUUAGUUGGGAUUACACUUACUAAUUGUGGAAUUACAGAUUUACUGCUCAGAGAUUGUCCUAAAAUGAUGUUUAUCCAUGCUACACGUUGCAGGGUACUGAAACAUUUAAAGGUGGAGAAUGCACCGAUUGUAAACAGAUUUGACUAUGUGCAGUGUCGGAAGCUCAACAUUGAACAAGUUCUUGACCAGAUUUUACGAAUGCCUCCAGAAAGAAACAGAAUCAUUUAUCUCCGACCAAUGCAACAGAUUGAUACUUUGAAACUGGAACGGAACAUAUUUAGUGGACCAUAUCCUUAUCAUAUUUGUAUUAUUCAUGAGUUUAGCAACCCACCAAAUGUGCGAAAUAAGGUUCGCAUUCGGAGUUGGAUGGACACUAUCGCAAAUAUUAAUCAGGAAUUGAUCAAGUAUGAGUUCUUUCCAGAAGCUACUCGGACUGAUGAUGAUGUGAAGAAAUAUCCAAAGUACCCAUGGGGGAGGGAUAUCUACACAUCAGAGGGAACAGUAGAUGGAGCUCCAUACUUCAUGAUCACUGAUUUCCCUUGGCUUCGUUCACUGCGUACUGCAGAACCAAACAGCUAUGCAAGAUAUGACUUUGAAGAUGAUGAGCGAACUACAAUCUAUGCUCCUCGGAGAAAAGGACAACUGUCAGCUGACAUUUGUAUGGAAACAAUUGGUGAGGUGAUCUCUGAACGACGGCAGAUGAGAAGUGGUGUAUUUCCGCGAGUUGUAGCUAUUUUCAUACAUUACUGUGAUGUCAGUGGAGAGCCUGUCCAUGAUGACUAUAUCUGACUAUGCCUUCCUUGCAUAUGACUGUUCAAAGGCCAGAGACUACAGCCUGCAAGAUUUGAAUUAUCAGCACUGUGUAGCUGCAAUAUAUCCCAAAUACUUUUGGAAGAAAUUAUAUAAUUAUGUAUAAAGGAAUUUGUGUACAAAUGAUUUCUGUAUAGAGAUGUUCUGAAAAUAAUUAACUUCCUGAAGCAGUAUCAUUUCAUAUGUCUAUACAAUUUAAUUCAGUUAAUGUUAUUGAUAGGGAAUUUAAAAAGAGGCUAUUUAUAUCCCCAAGUUAUACAAUUAAUAAGAUGAACAUUUUUGAUAUUUUGUUACAAAACAGGUGCAAAUGUUUAAAAAAAGAUGAAGGCCACAUUCUUUGGCAUAUUUCAUAGCCCAGUAAAGAAGUGACUUAACUCAAUGAAUUUUCUUUGGUACUAUGUGCCUUUUCCCCUUAAAUUACACUUUUGAAUGUGUUAAUGAAGAAAAGAGGAAAAACAAGAACUUUGUGUGGAUUUCCUUUAUACUAUAUAAUAUAUAUAUAUAUACAUACAGUAUAUAUCAAAUUUGAACAUUAUAUUCAUGCCUUGUUAUGAGGCAUUUACCCUUAUUGGGAAUAGUCUAAUAACUAAAAGUAGCUUUUUAUUAUACAAUGACAUGCAUUUUGUUAUGCACUGCUUCCAAGGAAUAAGUGGCAGGGAAAUUCUAUUAUAAUAAAAUAUUUAAAUAUAAGAAGAAUUUUCUGAAUAAAAAUUUCUUUAGGUUUUUUUCUCUUCCAAAUGUUCAGAAUUUCUGGUUUAUAUUUGACUAAAUGCUUUAUUUUGUUUCCUGAAAGAUGAAGUGUUGCUUUCAGUUAUUUUAAUUAUACCUAUAGAAGCACCUUAACUGACAUUUUGUGUUUGGUGAAAGGCAUUUUAAUAUCUUUUCCCUGUACUUUUCAGCCUGUUGAUUCACGGUACCAGAGAUUUAACUAAGAAUGAGCAUUUGAACUGUGAACUCAGUCAGUUUUGAAUUAGCCUGUAGUUAUCAUAGUUGUGAAGGGAACCAGACUUAAUUAUAUUUACCCAGUGCUGAUGUUAUCAGCUGUCUUGUGUAACAUGCCCACCAAUAGACAACUCCUUAGGAGAACAUCAUACUCAACUUGAGUGAUUGCACUAGUACUACUAUAACAUGACCAACACAGUGGGGAAAAAAAAUCAUUGUAAGCACAGAUUAGAAACAAACGUUUUCUAUCCACAUUCUUUUUUAUAGUUGAUAUCUCAUUGCCAGUUGUACUUUGUACCCAAUGUGCUAAACCUACCAUUUCUACAAAAAUUUGUGUAAAUGUUUGGUGGUUUCAGUGCAAUAGUAAUUUACAUUAGAAUAGCUGUAACACGCUUCACAGUUUUAAUAUGAUUGGGAAUAAUCGGUAGUAGCCUAUAAGGCCUUAUCCACUAUGCCUUCUUCCCAUCCGCAUACACUUCCACUUGUGAUCUGCAAUCUAACCAUUAAAAUGUUCAUAUUCAAUGGCCUUGCCCUUUGUGAUCUAUGUGAUCUUAUCCUGACCUCUAUACAAACCACCCUUGUACUUCCAAGAUCAUACCUUUCAGGCUGAUUAUAUCCUUGACUUUAGUUUCCCUUCGCUGGGAGCUGUGUCUUGGGACUCUUAAGUGCUGAGAUUUUUUCACAGUGUAUCUACUUCUAUCAAGAUAUUUUCUAAAACUGUCUCCAGCCAAGCUUUUGGCAACCUGACCUAAUAUACCUUUAUUUGACUGCGUCAAAUGUUUUUUAAUCAUGGUUCAGUGAAGUGCCUUGAAAAUUAUGAUUACAUUACAGGCCAAGUUGUUGUACAGCUGUAACUGUUUACUAAUCCAUGUUUUUUUUCCCCUUCUGGUCAUUAGUUUUCCUUCACUCCUGAUAUUUGAGCAAUCCCAGGAGUGGCCAAUUCUAUAUUUGUGGUUCAGUAGGUUAGUUUAUGGUGCUUUAAGUCAACAAAGAUUAUUUUAUGAUAACUCUCAAAUUAUAAAGUGCAAGUGAGCUUAAAAUGCCAACCUUAGAUACUAUCACAACUUGACAUUAAUUUUGUGGCUUUUGACUAAUGAUGUUAUGACUGCUAAAUACAGCAUCUGUAUCUUUAUGUUCUUUAUGGGUGUUUAUUUUUCCAGAAAUAGUUUGUUCACUCUUCUUUCUAUCUCAGAGAUAUAUAUGAAAGAAAAAGUACCCCUCCCCCCAAUGCAUUUCAAGCAAAUCAUUAUCCUUAACACAAAACAACAUUGUUUGCACAUGCCUCAAGAAGACCAUAAGAUAUAGGAGCAGAAUAAUGCCAUUUAACCCAUCAAGU